AUGGCGGCUGGGGGCUGCCGCUACCAGUUCCGGAUCGCGCUGCUGGGGGACGCGGCCGUAGGCAAGACGUCGCUACUGCGGCGCUAUGUGGCGGGCGCGCCCGGGGCCCCGGAGCCCGAACCCGAGUCCGAGUGGGCGCCCACGGUGGGCGUCGAGUUCUACAGCCGCAAGCUGCAGCUGCGAGCCGGGCCGCGCGUCAAGCUGCAGCUCUGGGACACCGCGGGCCACGAGCGCUUCAGGUGCAUCACCAGGUCCUUCUACCGGAAUGUGCUGGGCGUCCUACUAGUCUUUGAUGUGACAAACAGGAAGUCCUUUGAACAUAUCUGCGACUGGCACCAGGAGGUCAUGGCCACUCAGGGCCCGGAUAAGGUGAUCUUCUUACUGGUUGGCCACAAGAGUGACCUGCAAAGCACCCGCUGUGUCUCGGCCCAGGAGGCAGAGGAGCUGGCUGCCUCCCUGGGCAUGGCCUUCAUGGAGACCUCCGCCAAAAAUAACUGCAAUGUGGACCUGGCCUUCAGCACCCUUGCUGACGCCAUCCAGCAGGCCCUGGAUCAGGGGGACAUCAAGCUGGAGGAGGACUGGGGGGGCGCCCGGCUCAUCCACAAGACCCAAGUCCCCAGCGCCCCCCCGGGGAAGCAGCCCCCAGGUCCAUGCCAGUGUUGA